CCAGGAGCACCACCUGUCAGUGUCCAUCAGUGCCAGCUCUCAGUGCUCAUCCAUGCCACCUGCCAGUGCCCAUCAGUGCCACAUUUAAGUGCCACAUCAAUGCCACAUAUCAGUGCCCAUUUGAGCUGCCUUUCAGUGCCGCCUAACAGUGCCAGUCAGUGCCGCCUAACAGUGCCAGUCAGUGCCGCCUAUCAGUGCCAUCAGUGCCUCCUCAUCAGUGCCCAUCAGUACCACCUAUCAGUGUCCAUCAGUACA